GGUCCGUCACUAGAGAUGCCACAUAUACGCCAAACAAAGUGACUUGUGUUUGUAACGCCAUUAAAAGGUAAGUCGGCUGUUCCUUCGCUCGGCCCAACGUUACAAACAGACCGAUAAGCCGGCUCAGUCCGCCACUUCACUGGGGUCCGCUGACGUUUACAGCUAAAGUCCUGCAGUCAUGGCCAACGACCCCCUGGCAGAGGCUGGCUUUCAUUUUGAUGACCUCAACAAGCUGAGGGUCCUGGACCCUGAGGUGGGCCAGAAGACGUCCGAACUCAAGGAAGAGUGCAAAGAGUUUGUGGACAAAAUUGGGCAAUUUCAAAAGAUAGUUGGAGGUCUCAUAGAGUUGGUAGACGAAUUGGCCAAAGAAGCCGAAACGGAAAAGAUGAAGGCUAUUGGAGCAAGGAACUUGUUGAAGUCGGUUGCGAAACAAAGAGAUGCUCAACAGCAACAGCUCCAGGCUCUCAUAGCAGAGAAGACGAUGCAGCUUGAAAGAUACCGAAUUGAGUAUGAGGCGCUGUCUAAAGUUGAGGCGGAGCAGAAUGAAUUCAUCGAUCAAUUCAUUCUCCAGAAAUGAGCACAAAGAACGAAGGUAUCCAGAGAAAUCGUCUUUGUGUGUAUUGUGUUUCCAGAGUGCCUGUCCUUUUGUUGGUUGGUUUUCUAUCAGCGAUAGAUUUCGUAGAGCAGCAAACAAUGACAUCAUUCUUAUUGUAAGGCAAUCCAAGAGCUUGUGCUACAGCCAAGAACGUAUUUACACCACAUUUAUGCGAUUAUAUCAACUGAAGGACAUCUGCUGAACUAUGCCCACAAAGGGGAAUAUGUUUGACUUUUCCAAUUAAAAAAUAAACUAUUUAUCAGGUACUUUUGAAAUCGAACCAUUAUCAUUUCACCAUGUCAUACAAGCAAAAGAUGAUGCUAUUUAUAUACAAAGAAACAUAUUUAUACUAUUUAUAAUGCAGAAUUGCUGUUUCUGAAUUUAUUAAUUUUAUACCAAUACAAAGGAGCAUGUGCAUGCAACUGUAAAUAAUCAUUUUAAUACAAAAUUACUUUAUAUGCCUUAGGCCUCUCUAUGGCCUUGUGGUCUUAUGCUUUUACUUUAAUUCUGUAGUGCAAAGUAAUUACAUUAUCUUCCUUUUGUGGUCUUUUGAUUUCUAUGUAUACUACUUAUUUCCUGGAUGGAAUAUGGUUUCACUUGAAUAAAUGUACUGUAGAGAAUUC